UUUGAUCCGUUUCUCAUUUCCUUUCACAGAAUGAUUUGGUUCGCCUUUAUCUGCGUUGCUCUUUUUGCUAUCAUUUCGCUUAGUAAACGCACUUGGGUACGUUUUCAAACCUCACCUAUGGUCAUAUCGAUGGAUCGCAACAAGUUAGUGUGGAAUACGAGCUUUCCUUCGCUCACCGUAUGUCCUCACAAGCGCAUCGAUGAGCUGAAAAUCGAGGAGUAUAUGGACACUCAUCCAGAAACUUUCGAAUCGGUUGAGGAUCGGGAGGACUUUCGCAUAUUCAUCGAUAAAUUGGCACGUCUCACUUAUGAGAACAUCGAAACAUUGCCGCGUAAUAAAUCGUUUGGCAUACCGAGCAACAAGUAUCUGGAUUUGCUGUACGAACUCAAGUGGAACUUCGAGCCGGAAAUGAGUAGUGGCGCCGCCGUACAAAUGUUUAUCUAUGAAACACUCACUGAGUUUGGCAUUUGUCAUUCGGUUAACUCGAUGGUGGCGCGCUACAAUUCUUAUGAAUAUUGGAAAGGCAACGAUUGGAACUUAUUAGAGCAUGGCGAUCGCGUCACCGUUCAUCCGCUCGAUGGUGAAAUUUACGCGCAAAUUAUAAAUCUCUCCACUGCAUAUGAUGUCUACUUCCACGGCGCAGGUGAUAUACCGAACAUUUCCAAACAGCGCUAUACAUUUCCGGAAAGUGAUUACACAACAGUGGAGCUAAUAGCGCUGGAGAUCUAUACAGCAGAGGAGGCGCGAGCCUUCACCACCACCCAACGCAAAUGUCGCUACCAAUACGAGGCUGAGGAAAUGCAAACGGCGCCCAUUUACAGUUUUGGUCUCUGUCUGGCUGAGUGCCGCAUGUUUUUCGCGCUAAAAGUUUGUGGCUGCGUGCCACAUUUCUAUCGUAAUCAUUUGAAAAAUGGACGAAUUUUGCAAAUUUGUGAUUUCGAUGGAUUGGCUUGUUUGGUGGAUAUAAAAAGAGAACUCAUCUCGCUCAAGUCCAGCCGGUAUAAAAUCGAUUGCCAUUGCCUGUCAAAUUGCGAUGACUCCAAUUUCUUUGUGCAAUCCUAUCGCUCGAGACUUUGGUUUUUAGGCGCAAAUCUUCAGUGGGGCAUAAUAGACUAUCCAAAAAUGCAGUUGAGACGCGAUGUGCUCUUUUCAUUUGCUGAUGUUUUGGUUUAUAUUGGCGGACUCAUUGGAUUCUUCCUGGGCUGCAGCGCUUUGAGCUUCACAGAGGUCAUUUAUUAUUUCACCGCACGUCUGGUUAAGAGAAUGUUAUGGAAUUAAACAAGAAAAAAACCGCACAAAAAACUGCUGACAAAAAUUGAUUAAAGGAAAUACAUAUACAUACAUACAUAUUUAUAAACAAUGAUACACAACAACACAAACACUUGGCGCCCUCAUGGCUGACCGCAGAACAAUUCAGAGUAAUUGUUUAUGCACAAUACAAAUAUAUCUACAUACAUACGCACGAGUUGUUUUAAAAUCACAAUGAAUAAAUAU